AUGAAUAUUCUUGAGAUUUCAUCAUCUCUAUGGAUGAUUUUAUGUAGUAUUUGUGGUGUCACUUGUGCCAUUGUCUUUAUUGCUAUUGUGAUUUAUCAUCGUGAAUUUCAUACAUCAAAUAUUAUGCUUGCUUUCAAUUCAGCAGUCGCUGGUCUGAUUAUUAAUAUAACUUGUGGUUGUCAAGCAAUUUAUCAAUUGAAAAGUGAUGGAAAUGAUAGACUAUGUUCAUUUCGAGGUUUUCUACUUCAUGCUAGAUGUGGUCUUUUGUAUCAUACAAUUUGUAAUCAAGCACUGCAUCGUCUCUUUGUCGUUGUGUUUGCAACACGACGUUAUUUUCAAUCGAAACAAGUCACAGUGUCUAUGACGAUUGUUCAGUGGUUACUUUUGGUUACAUUUGGCAUUCCAGCACUAGUACUUGGUCGGAUUGUAUAUCAGCCCGGUAGCCGUAUUUGUCAGGUAGGUAUUUCCUACAAUCAACCUAAACUCUGUACAAAUGCAUCAUGGAAUUCUACAGCGAUAACGUUUGCGACUAGCGCGACAGUUGGUGCAUCUCCUGUUGGUAUUUUUGUCAAUUCAAUUAAUACCGUCUAUGUCGCUGAUCAGGUGGAUAGUCGGAUCCAAGUAUGGCUGAACGGCAAUACGACACCCACAAGAACUAUAUCCAGUGGUUUAGUCAAACCUUUUAGCCUUUUCGCCACAGACAAUGGUGAUAUUUAUGUCGACAAUGCCUAUUCAAAUAUGCGAGUAGACAAAUGGGGAUCAAAUUCAAACAGUAGUGUUCCAGCGAUGUAUGUUUGCUCACAAUGCACUGGUAUUUUCGUCGAUAUCAAUAAUAUGCUCUACUGUACAAUGUAUCCUUCUCAUAAAAUUGUCUCGCAAUCAUUGGAUACAAGUUUAAAUAUAUGGGCCAUUGUCGCCGGAACAGGCACUGCUGGAGCAACAUCGCUUACACUUAAUAAUCCUCGCUCGAGCUUUGUCGAUAAUAAUCUAAACAUAUAUGUGGCUGAUGGUGGCAAUAAUCGGAUUCAAAAAUUUUUAUCAGGACAAUUAAAUGGAACAACAAUACCAACAGGAACCAUCAUAUUGAAUUUACCAACUGCAGUUGUUCUCGAUGCUGAUGGAUAUCUCUUUAUUGUUGAUUCUAAUAAUCAUCGUCUUAUUGGCUCGGGACCUUACGGAUUUCGAUGUAUUGCUGCAUGUUCUGGACAAGGAUCGCAAUCGAAUCAGUUAUAUAACCCAAUACAGCUUAGUUUUGAUAGUUAUGGAAACAUAUUUGUAACUGAUUUCAACAAUAAUAGAAUUCAAAAAUUUCUUCUGAUUACAAAUUCAUGUAAUGGAACGACGACAGUUACAACUAUGUCUACUGUAACUUCAACCAAUACUACUCAAUCGGUUCCUCUUAUUACAAACUCAACAACGGUAUCAUCGUCAACACUUCUUUCGUACAAUUUACCAGAAUUCACUGCCUAUACUACUUGGAGUGCCAACGGAAUAACAUUUGCAAAUACAACCACACUUGGAACAUCUCCCUAUGGUAUAUUUAUUGAUACUAACAAUACUAUAUAUGUAUCUGAGCGAAGUACAAAUCGUGUUCAGGUAUGGCAUGACAGUAGCAGCGUACCUAUAAGGAAUCUCACCAGUGGUUUAUCUAGUCCAUAUUCUAUAUUCGUUGCUAUUAAUGGUGAUAUCUAUGUCGAUAAUGGUGGUUCAAAUACUCGAGUUGAUAAAUGGACAUUAAAUUCAACUACUAGUAUUUCAGCAAUGUAUGUGAAGAACUCGUGUUGGGGUCUUUUUAUCGAUAUUAAUAAUAAUCUUUAUUGUUCAAUGAGUGCACUUAAUCAAGUUGUCACGAAAUCAUUGAAUAAUAACUCAGCUAUGUGGAUAGUUGCUGCUGGCGCAGACUGUUCAGCACCAAGUACGAAUACACUUAAUGGUCCUCGUGGAAUUCACGUUGACACAGAUCUGAAUUUAUAUGUUGCUGAUUGUGGAAAUAAUCGAAUUCAAUUAUUUUUAUCAACACAAGUAGUUGGAAAAACGAUUGCAACAGGAACUAUUAUUCUAAAUUGUCCUUCUGGAAUUGUUCUUGAUGCUAAUGAUUAUCUCUACAUUGUGGACUAUAAUAAUCACCGUAUCGUUGGGUCAGGACCGAAUGGAUUUCGCUGUUUAGUUGGAUGUUCAGGCGCUUAUGGUGCAGCAUCUAAUCAAUUAUACUAUCCGACAGCUCUAAGUUUUGAUAGUUAUGGAAAUAUGUAUGUUGUUGAUCAAAACAAUUAUCGAAUACAAAAGUUUCUUAUAACAAGUACUAUUUAUAAUGUGACUCUUAAUCGACCAAACUUAUGUCCAUCUACAACAUGGUAUACAGAUGCAAUUACAUUUGCUAAUAGUAGUACGGCUGGAGCAAAUGUAUUUGGUGUUUUUGUUGGUAUUGAUAAUACUGUUUAUGUAGCUAAUACACAAACUAACAAGGUUUUCAUAUGGUACGAAGGAAGUAUUAAUCCUGAUAAAAUUCUUUCUGGUAGUCUGAGUUCACCAUUUGAUCUUUUUGCUACUCCUGUUGGUGAUAUAUAUGUUGAUAAUGGUGCGAAUAAUGGUCGAGUUGAUAAAUUUUCAUUAAACUCAAAUAUAACUAAUUCUGCAAUGUCAGUUCCUUGUCAAUGUUUAGGUAUUUUUGUUGAUAUUAAUAAUAAUCUUUAUUGCUCAGCAUUUAAUGCUCAUCAAGUUGUUAAGAAAUGGUUAAAUGAUAAUGUACUUACAUCAACUAUUGUUGCUGGUACAGGUACAGCUGGAUCAACAGCAACUAUGCUUUAUUACCCUAUUGGAGUUUUUGUCGAUGCUAAAUUUAAUUUAUAUGUUGGAGAUUGUUAUAACCAUAGAAUACAAAUGUUUCCUUUUGGGCAAUUAACUGGAAUAACUGUAGCAGGAGCAAGUGCACCAGGAACUAUUACACUUUAUUAUCCAAAUGGCAUUAUAUUAGAUGAUAACGGAUAUCUUUUUAUUGCGGAUUCUUCUAAUAAUCGAAUAGUUGGAUCAGGACCAUAUGGUUUUCGAUGUUUAUUUGGAUGUACGGCACUAUCAGGUACUACACCAAGUCAAUUGAAUCAACCACCAACUUUAAGAUUUGAUAGUUAUGGAAAUAUAUUUGUUGCUGAUAGAAAUAAUUAUCGCAUACAAAAGUUUAUAUUAGCAUCAAAUUCAUGUAGUCUUUCUUAUAAUCAACCAACAUUUUGCUCAAGUGCAUCAUGGUCUGCGAAUGCCGUAACUUUAGUCUCAAGUUCUAUUGUUGGUUUAUUACCUUAUGGUAUUUUUAUUAAUGGAAUUAAUACUGUGUAUGUACCUAAUCGAAUUAGUAACACUAUUUUAUUAUGGCCGCAAUGGAGUACUACACCAACAAGUAAUAGUUAUACUAAUUUGAAUAAUUCAUAUAGUCUUUUUAUGUCUAUGACUGGUGAUAUUUAUAUUGAUAAUGGUUAUUCAUAUGGUCGAGUCGAUAAAUAUACAUUUAAUUCAUCAAAUCGUGUUACUGUUAUGAAUGUUAAUGGAAGUUGUUAUGGUUUAUUUAUUGAUAUUAAUAAUAAUCUUUAUUGUUCACUUAAAAAUCUUCAUCAAAUUGUUAAACUCUUACUUAAUAAUGGUACAAUCAUUCCGACAAUCGCAGCGGGUAAUGGCUCUGCCGGAUCACUAUCAAAUAUGCUUAAUUCUCCUCAAGGAAUCUAUGUUGAUAGUAAUCUGAACCUUUAUAUUGCAGACAGUGUUAAUAAUCGUAUUCAAUAUGUUCAAAAUGGUCAGUUAGAUGGAGUGACACUCGUUGGUAAUGGUUCAUCAGCAAAUAUUAUACUCAACUACCCAACUGGAAUUGUCCUUGAUGCUAAUGGUUAUUUAUUUAUUGUUGAUAGUUAUAAUCAUCGUAUUGUUGCUUCAAGUUAUUAUGGUUUUCGAUGUAUAGUGGGAUGUUUAGGAGGUGGUUCAUCUUCGUCUCAAUUAUCUUUUCCACAAAGUAUGGCUUUUGAUAGCUAUGGAAAUAUAUAUGUUACUGAUCGAAAUAAUAGUCGACAAUACCGACCACCACCACCACUACUACUACGAGCAGCAGCAGCAGUACCACAACUAGCACUACUACUACUACCACCACCAAGACUACAAGUAGUAGCAGUACUACAAGUACCACUACCACCAGCACUAGUACCACAAGUAGCACUACCACUAGCAGUACUACUACUAGUAGUAGCAGUACCACCAGCAGCACUACUACUACUACCACAAGUACUACAAGUAGUACUACUACUACUACCACUAGUACCACAAGCAGUAGUACCACCAGUACCACUACUACUACUACUACCACCACUAGUACUACAACGAGUAGCAGCAGUACUACAAGUAGUACUACUACCACUAGCAGUAGUACCACAAGCAGCACUACUACCACGACCAGCACUAGCACUACUACUACUACCACUACCACCACAAGUACUACAACAAGUAGCAGCAGUACUACAAGUAGUACUACUACGAGCAGCAGUAGUACCACAAGUACCACUUCCACAAGCAGUAGCAGUACCACAAGUAGUACUACUACGAGCAGCACUAGUACCUCAAGUAGCACCACUUCAAGCAGCAGCAGUACUUCAAGUACUACUACUACUACCACUACCACCACUAGUACUACAACAAGUAGCAGCAGCACCACAAGCAGUACUACCACGAGCAGCAGCACUACUACCACCACUACCACGAGCAGCAGCAGUACUUCAAGUAGCACUACUACGAGCAGCAGUAGCACCACAAGUACCACUACCACAAGCAGUAGCAGUACCACAAGUAGCACUACUACUACCACUACCACCACCAGUAGUACCACUACGAGCAGUAGCAGCACCACUAGUAGUAGUACUACUACUACCAGCAGUACCUCAAGUAGCACUACAACCACCACCACAAGUGCUACAACGAGUAGCAGCAGUACCACAAGUAGUACUACCACUACCAGUACUAGUACUUCAAGUAGCACCACUACUACGACCACCACUAGCAGUACCACUACGAGCAGUAGCAGCACUACAAGUAGCAGUACUUCAAGUAGUACUACUACCACUGCUACUACCACUACCACUAGCAGUACCUCAACCGGCACUACUACCACCAGUAGUACCUCAACUAGCACCACUACAAGUUGCAGCAGUACUUCAAGUAGCACCACUACUACGACCACCACUAGCAGCACCACAAGUAGCAGUACAACGAGUAGUAGCAGUACCACAAUUAGUACUACUACCACCACUAGUAGUACCUCAACUAGCACGGCUUCCAUCACAACUUCUCAAGGAUUAG